AUGACGCCGAUUCUUCUUCGAAUUGUCCUCCUUGCCGCCCUCCUGUCCAUAACCACAGCCUCAUCCACCAACUCGACAACCCCAAAACGCGGCCUAACCUACAUAUCAACCACCCACUCGUCAACCGACGACCGUAUCUUCACCACUGCCCGCUCACCCUUAACAUGGUACUACAACUACGCCUACACACCAAGUUCCAUAUCCCUGCCCUUCGCCCCCAUGAUACACAGUGCGUCCGAUGCACAAGACGCAAUCUCAACCAUCGAGUCCCUCGAUGUCACGCACGUCCUGACCUUCAAUGAACCCGACGGCUCUACCGCAUCGGGCGGCACCAACACCACCCCUUCCGACGCCGCAAGUAUCUGGCUCGACGCCAUUGCACCGUUGCGUCUUCCGCCAUAUGAUCUCUUCAUCUCACUCCCCGCAACGACUGGUUCGAGCCAGGGUCUCACAUGGCUCAGCGAGUUCAACACCUCAUGCUACGCUCUCAACUCUUCGGGUUGUGAAUUCGAUUUCGUCGCGACGCAUUGGUACGGCGACUUUGACGGGUUAGCCUCGUGGCUUGGUCAACUUCAUGCACUCUACCCGAACAAGAAGAUAUGGUUGACUGAGUUUGCCGUGCCGGCUGUCUCCGCUACAGACACGCUAUCUUUCAUGAACGAGAGUCUGACGUACCUCGAUCGUCUUAGUUACGUGGAGAGGUAUGGCUGGUUCGGCGCCUUCAGGACGGACGACGCGGGUGCCUUUACGGGUGGUGGUGUGAGUAUGUUUGAUAAUAGUGGGAAAUUGACAGAGUUGGGGGCAACGUACCUUGGUGGUGAGGCUGAUGGUUUUGAAGAAGGACAGAGGAGUGAUGCCUCUGUCGCGAAAUGUGGUGCAACUACACUUACUGUGCUUGGCCUGGAUCUGAUAGUGAUGAUGGUGAUGGAGGUGUGGUAG